ACAGCAGUCCGAUGUGCGUCCGGGCUAGUGACAGCGCGCUGUAGGCAGCUAAGCGCUGGUCGCGAUGGCGUCUGUGGAGCUGAGGACUCGUCUGGAGGAGCUUCUGAAGAGACUCGACAUCGACACGAUCUGCGUCGAGCACCCCGAGGUGUUCACGGUGGAGGAGAUGAUGCCUCAUGUGGCUCAUCUGAGUGGUGCCGUCACUAAAAACCUCUUCCUGAAGGACAAGAAGAAGAAGAGCCUGUGGCUGCUGUCAGUGCGUCAGGACCGUCAGCUGAACCUGAGCGAUGUGUCCAAGCGUCUGGGGCUCGGUGCAGGGAACCUGCGUCUGGCUGACGAGGCUGUGAUGCUGGAGAAGCUGAAGGUGGGUCAGGGCUGUGCCUCGGCCCUCGCGCUCUUCUGUGACACCGAGCACAGCGUCAGGAUGGUGCUGGACCACGACCUGAUCCACGGAGGACACCUCAGAGUCUACUUCCACCCCAUGACCAACAGUGCCACCAUGGGCCUGCGACCGGACGACCUGCUCCGCUUCCUGAAGGAGACCGGACACGAGCCCCUCGUCCUGAGCCUCGACUGAGUCUGACACACACACACUCCUCCUGACCAGAGUCUCACACACACACACACGCAGAGACACACACACACACACACACACACACACACACACACACACACACUCAUGUUUGUUUUUGUGUAAAGUGUGUUCAUCCCAUAGGUGUAAUGGUUUUUAUACUGUACAAACUGUAUAUUCUAUGGCCCUACACCAACCCUACACCUAACCCUAACCCUCACA